AUAGUAUUUCAACAAUUAAUUUUAAAAAACCUACGAAUACCGCAUAAUUGCAACAAUAUUAAUAAUUCGAAACUGUCGCAAUCGGUGUUAGCGUUUACAAGAAUCGACCGUUUAGGUAAAAGUGAAUUUCCGGCUGUAAAAACCCGGCAACGUUGCACUUUCUCGCCUAACCCCCGUUUGUCUUAUAACCAUCGGCCGCUUCCCCAAUUCUUCCAGCCUGGAUAUAUAUCCAGAGCAGUGUUAGCGCGUCCCACGAACGAUGCCAGUCGACCUAAAACCGACCACAACCGUCCCAAACGCUCUCCAUUAAAUUGAUCCUGUCCCAUACGAUCGAGCGACGCCAUCCGUAAAUAUAAUGGUUCAUUCAACCUACGCCCAAGGUCAUGUUACGCCAGGUCGGGACACGAGCCCUUUGGGCAUCCCGAAGAGUCCGUCGUUCCAUUCGGGCCUCGAUUUGGUGGCGUCCGCGAGCGUGGACUCGCUGAAGGCGGCUUACGAUUUGCAGGAGAACACCGGGUUUCCUUGUAAGAUCGCUUUCAACGGUGCUAAUAUGAACGGUAACGUCAGGACGACGGAUUGUCCUUUAUUGGAUCUUCAAAGUUCCAAUAUAUCGUUGGCUAUAAGGUGUAUGCAAGUGUUGGCACGAUUGCCUUUGUUAAGAGAUGCUUCUCCCGACGAUAAAGAGGAAUUAUUUAUACAGAAACUGCGUCAGUGUUGCGUGCUAUUCGAUUUCGCCACUGAUCCUCUUUCCGAUUUGAAAUGGAAGGAAAUAAAAAGAACGGCCCUCCAGGAAAUGGUCGAGUACGUAACAACUCACAAGGGCGUUAUUACCGACGUAAUUUACUCGGAAGCUGUAAACAUGUUUGCUGUUAAUCUUUUCCGUACUCUUCCUCCUUCGACAAACCCCAACGGGGCCGAAUUCGAUCCGGAGGAGGACGAGCCCACGCUGGAGGCCGCCUGGCCCCAUUUGCAGCUCGUUUACGAAUUGUUUUUGAGAGUUUUGGAAGCGCCCGAUUUCCAGCCGAAUAUAGCCAAGAGGUACAUCGAUCAGAAGUUUGUGCUGCAACUGUUGGAUUUGUUCGAUUCGGAAGAUCCACGCGAGAGGGACUUAUUGAAGACUACAUUACAUAGAAUAUACGGGAAAUUUUUAGGUCUUAGAGCUUUUAUUAGGAAACAAAUCAGUAACGUAUUUUAUAGAUUUAUUUACGAAACCGAACAUCAUAAUGGCAUCGCCGAAUUGUUGGAAAUUUUGGGAUCCAUUAUUAACGGAUUCGCGUUGCCUUUGAAAGACGAGCAUAAGUUGUUCCUGCUCAGAGCUUUGAUGCCGCUGCACAAAGUCAAAAGCCUGUCCGUGUACCACGCCCAGCUGGCCUAUUGUGUGGUCCAAUUUUUGGAGAAAGACGCUUCGCUCACCCAGCCGGUCAUCAAAAGCCUGUUGAAGUAUUGGCCGAAGACGCACAGCCCCAAAGAGGUCAUGUUCCUCAACGAACUCGAGGAAAUUCUGGACGUUAUCGAACCGGCCGAAUUCCAAAAGGUCAUGGUGCCGUUGUUCGGACAAUUGGCCAAAUGCGUCAGCUCGCCACAUUUUCAGGUCGCAGAGCGAGCUUUGUAUUAUUGGAAUAACGAAUACGUGAUGUCUUUGGUGUCCGAUAACGUCGCUCAAAUUCUACCCAUCAUGUUCCCGAGUUUGUACAAAAAUUCGAAGACUCACUGGAACAAAACCAUCCACGGUCUAAUCUACAAUGCUCUGAAGCUGUUCAUGGAAAUGGAUCAGAAAUUGUUCGACGAGUGCACCCAGCAGCACCGCCAAGAGAGACAGAAGGAAAAAGAAAGGGAACACCAACGGCAAGAGUUGUGGAAUAAAGUGGAAAUUUUGGCGUCGCGUCGACCGGAGUACGAGGGUCCGAGGAAUUUUUUGAUGAACAAUAUCAUGUCUAACGCCGAAAAUGCCGAUGAUUUCAAUUUAGAGAAUUUAAAAAACGACGAAUCAGAACAGAAUAAAAACCAACGCAACAUGACCAAGCCGUUGAUUCGCCGCAAAUCGGAACUGCCCCAAGAUCAAUAUACAGUGAACGCUCUUUCCGAUCACAAGAGAGUGGACGAGUAUUUAGUAACUCCGCCGGAUGUCAAUAAGUGCUAG